GCGAUAGACUUCAAAUAUCCAAUCUUCUUGUCUAUGGUUUAGUUACAUUUUCGGUGUGGUGGUCGAUUUAUCAUUAUUUUUAAUAAAUUGUUUUCGGAAUAUACGCGGGAACCUGCCGUCUUAAAUAAAACUCAUUAACAAUGAGCGUGGAAGAGGAUAUUAUGAAAAUACAAAAGAAAUUGACUAAGAUGAUUUCAGCGGAUGGCACGGGGCAAGAAGAGGCUUUGGAAUUACUUAAAGGUCUACAGACAAUGGCUAUAAAUCUGGAUGUGUUGACCAAAACAAGAAUAGGCAUGACAGUGAAUAAUCUUCGCAAGUCUAGCAAGGAUGAAGAAGUCAUAUCCUUAUGCAAAACACUAAUUAAAAAUUGGAAGAAGUUUCUGUCAACUACACCAUCUAAAGACAAUGGCAGCUCCUCAAAAUCCAAAAAGGAAGGGAAGGAUAAGGAUAAAAAAGAUGAUAAAGAAAAAGAUAAGAAGCUACCAGCUUCCUUCCCACCCCAGUCCAACACGACUGAUGCUGUAAGGCUGAAGUGCAGGGAGUUGCUCACACAGGCCCUCAAAGUUGAUGGUGAGAACCCCAGCUCCUGCGCUACCCCAGAAGAGUUGGCUGAAGAAUUAGAAGAAUGCAUUUAUGCAGAGUUUAAAAACACUGAUAUGAGAUACAAAAACAGGGUCCGGUCAAGAGUUGCCAACCUAAAAGAUCCAAAGAAUCCCACACUACGCACCAAUUAUCUCAAUGGUGUGAUCUCAGCUUCCCGCCUUGCCAAAAUGACCCCUGAAGAAAUGGCAAGUGAUGAAAUGAAGAAACUAAGAGAGAAGUUUAUUAAAGAGGCCAUUGAUGAUGCACAGUUGGCCACAGUACAGGGAACUAAAACAGAGAUGCUCAAGUGCGGCAAAUGCAAAAAGAAGAACUGCACAUACAACCAGCUGCAGACAAGAAGUUCUGAUGAACCGAUGACUACUUUUGUACUUUGUAAUGAAUGCGGCAACCGCUGGAAAUUCUGUUAAGACUGCUUUUAACCAUCCUGAGGUGACUAGUGUACUCCCAAACAGUACGAUACUAUAUUGUAUCAAGUAUAAUAUUACAUUUUAAUAUGAAUUAUGGUUUCUGUUUUGCUAUUUUAAUACCACCUUACUACUGUCAUUGACUAUGAAAUCAUGUUUAGUAGAUAAGGUGAUCUUAGUUUAAACUUAAAUAAAUCUGCUUUAAGUGAACUUACCAUUUAAUUUGACUGAAGUUGUAUUCCCCUGAUAAGUUCAAAUUUCCACUUUGAAAUCAUCUUAACUAUGUAGAAACUUUUUAACUCUCAACAUAUUUAUUCAGUCUAGGAUAGUAAUGAAAUGCAUGUUUCAUUGAAUAAUCAUAUAUUUAUAAAACACUGCACAACAGGAAUGUGUCCUUUAGGACAAACCUAAAGAUUAAUAUAAAACUGGCACUAAAUAACUAUGAUUACAUUAUUACAAUAUGGUAGAUAUAAAUUAUUUCUCAGUGUUUAAGUCAGCAUGACGCAUAAAAAUAUAAAUCUGUGUAUGUAAUGUUUGUAAAUUACUAACACUGUAAUGAUAUUGUCUAUAAAUAUUACAAAGUGAGUAAGUAA